AUGAAGUUUGCAAAGACAUUGGAACAAACAUUAGCCAAGGACAUACCAGAGGAAUGGGUAGAGGCAGCAAUCAAAUACAAAGCAUUAAAGAAAACCAUUAAUAAGGUAGUUGAUGAAUUACAGUUCCUUGGAUUAGAGAAGAACAAAUUAAAACUUAUACUUAAUGAUAAGGUUGUUGAUAUUAGUGAUGAUGAGUCCACUACAAGUCCACUGAAUCCCAUCAUUGCCGAGUACACUUUAACCAAGCCAUCCCCAGACAGUCACACGAUUAAACCAAUGUUGAAAAUUACGUUGGAUUUCAGUCAUGAAGAGUAUUCGAGUGAUAAGAUUAAUCAAAUCUGUCAUGAAAUAAAGGAAAAGAUUGAAGGAUUGUUGAAUGAAGAUGAAAGUGAAGCUGAUGAAGAGAAGAUUAUUGAGUUGACUGAAGAUGGAGGUGAAUUGAAAGUGGUCUCAAGUAGAGAGGGAUCACUUUCUCCAUCUAUAUCUCCCCAAUCACCGCACACGUCUCCUCCCUUGUUGGCAAGUGAAGCCAAUGGUGGCAAUGGUGGUAGUGGUGCAAUUGGUAAUAAAUUGGACAAGUUGGUUUUGAGUGAUGAUCACAAAAGGCGAGAGAUUUAUAUCAUGUUGAAUUCUGAUAGUAAAUUUUUUAAAAUGUUGGAGGAGGAGCUAGAGGCGUUGGAUAGAUUGCGAAAAGAAGAGGAACAAAAGAUCAUUGAAGAAGUACAACAGGUUGCUCAAGCAGUAGCAGCAAUGAAGGACAAGACUUCAGAGCUUUACAAAUGGCGUGAAUUGUUUAGACUCUAUCUCGAUUCAGAAGUCUACUUCAAAUAUAAUGAACUCGAUCAUCAACAACGAGAUAGUGAUGAGGUUGAAGAACAUCUCACCGAAUUUUUAACCAAUGUGAACAAAACUGGUAUUCUUACCCAUUUUAAAAAGAAACAAAGUCUUGAAACAUAUAAUCAAUUUGUAAAAAUGAAUUUUCAUUUACUCAAGAUGCUUCAAUUUCAAACCAUAAACACUGAGGCAUUGCGCAAGAUUUUAAAGAAAUUUGAUAAACAAACAUCAUUAGGUAUUCAAGAAAUUUACCCAAAACUUGUUUCAUCAGAUCACAUAUUUGUCAGCGGUAAAUCAUUAGCUCAGUCAAUUUGUUAUAUAAUGCAAACCUCAGUGUUGCAACUAAUACCCCAAUUGGAUGAUUAUUCAUGUCCAAUAUGUACAAAUAUUGCAUACAAGCCAAUACGUUUAGCGUGUGGUCAUUUAUUUUGUGUCCUGUGUCUUGUCAAGAUGAAGGAACGUGACAAGACUGAUUGUCCAUUCUGUCGAAGGCAUAAUGCUAUAUUGGAGGCCGAUUCUAGUAACUUGGACAUAGAAGCUAUGCAAGUGAUGAAGAAAUAUUUCCCCGUGGAAGUCAAGGAAAAAUUGAGAGACCGAAGUAAGGAAAGGUAUCAUGAGUUUAAGGGAAAUGAUAAAUGUAUCGUUAGUUAG